AUGCCUCAGCCACCAUACAAACCACUUAUACCUUAUUCUCAAAGACUUGCUAAGUAUAAAAAUGAAGGGAAAUUUAAGAAAUUCAUAGAUCUUUUGAAACAAAUGAGUAUCAUUAUACCUUUCACAGAAGCUAUUACACAAAUGUCCUCAUAUGCUAAGUUCCUUAAAGAGAUCUUAUCUAAUAAGAAAAAGCUUAAGGAUAAUGAGACUGUUACACUUACUGUUGAGUGUAGCGCUAUAAUCCAAAAUAACAUGUCUCCUAAGAUAAAAUAUCCAGGUAUGCUAGAGAACAUUCUCGUUCAUAUAGGUCAAUUCUAUAUUCCCACCGACUUUAUAAUAAUGGACAUAAAUGAGGAUUCCAACAUCCCUAUCAUUUUUGGAAGACCCUUUUUGGCCACUGCUGGAGCUAUCAUAGAUGUGAAUAAAGGAAAGCUAACCUUUGAAGUUGGUGAAGAAAAAGUUGAAUUUAUUCUAUCAUAG